GCUAUUUCAAGUCUGCAACUCACUGACCGCGCUUGUGUGCGCCUGACCGACAUACCGCCUCCGCAUCGUAGUAUGAGAGCUCGCGAAUAUUUCCUGAAUCCCGAUCCGCCUCCCGAGUUUGGAGGCAAAUCUUUACGACCGCACUCAACCAACAGCUGAGGCAGCCACCUCUCUCCAGAAAUCCAUUUUCUACUAGAAAAAGAGAUUCAUUUACGGAACAACUCAACACUAGCCUUCUAAUACCGUCGAAAUGGCACCCAAAGGAAAGAAGGGAAAGAAGGCCAACGAUGACUGGGACGAGGGCCUUGGCGAGAGCGCCGAUCCCAUAGCGCAGGCAGAAGCAGAGGCCAAGGCUACUGAUGCUGCGGCAGACGCAGAAGAAGAAGAGACAGGCGGCGGCGGCGGUCUGAUGGCAGCUCUCAAGAAGAACAAGCAAAAGCGCAAGGCGAAGGGCAAGACCGUCGAGAAUGACUUCGUCGAAGGCGAGGAUGCUAGCGGAGCUGCUACACCUGCCGAGUCAGCGCUUGAUCUCGCUGCCAAGGCGCCAGAGGAGGCGACCAUGGAUGACGAGUUUGAUUUGCCAGCCAAGGGCAAGAAAGGAGGAAAGGGCGGCAAUAAGAAGGCCGAACCGGAACCCGCGAACGACGAUGACGAUGCCGAAGAUGGUGGUAGAGUGAAGACCAAGGCCGAGAAGGAGAAAGAGAAGAAAGAGCGUGAGAAGCAGAGGAAAAAGGAACAGGCUGCCGCGAAGAAGAAGUCAGCGCCUGCUGCUCAACCGAAGCAGGCUGAGGCCAAGCCUGUCGAGGAGGCUGCCCCAAUGCCAGCUCCAGCCGUCCCUGAACCCGCUGGCGGCAAGAAGAAGAAACUAAACCCGGCGCUCGCAGCUUUGCAGAAGCAGCAAGAAGAGCUCCGUAGACGGCAGGAGGAAGAGGCGGAGGCCAAGCAGAAGGAGGCAGCUGAUGCUGAGGAGGAGCGCAAGAGGCUCGAAGAGGAAGAAAAAGCAAAAGAAGCAGCGAAGGUUGCCAAGAAAGCGAGGGAGAAGGCCAAGAUUGAGGAGCAGAAGAAGGCCGGUACCUACAAAACUGAGAAGCAGCGACAACAGGAGGCUCAGCAGAAGAGACGCUUGGAGCAGAUGCUGGAAUCGGGUGUCAAGGUCGCAGGAAUCGAUGGCGAACCAGAAAAGAAGCCGACUCAAAAGGACAUGCGCAAAAAGAAGAACCCCAAGAAGGAAGCUGAGGAGCGCGCAGCACAACAAGCCCGUGAAGAGGAAGAGGCUCGCCAAAAGAUGGAGGAGUUGAAGAUUCAGCAGGAGCAAGAAAAGAAGGCUGCUGAAUUGGCCGAGAAAGCGAGACUUGAGGCCGAGAGUAAGAAAGAUGAAGAGGAUGAGCUUGAAGACUGGGAAGCUAUGGCAGAGAAAGCGUCCGACGAUGGAGUCAAGGAUAGCUGGGAUGCCGAUUCAGACGAGGAGCCUCAGCAAGUCAAGCCCACGGUGAACGGUAAAGCAGUGCAAAAGGGCGCCGAUGCCGCCAAGGCUGAUGCCAAAACGAACGGCGCUGAGGACUCCGACGAGUCCUCGGAAGAAGACUCGUCCUCGGAAGAAGAAGAGCGGCUGUCUGCGGCCAAGAAGCAAGCGGAGCAAAAGAGGCAAGCAACCAUUCAGAAGCGCGAGAAAGAAAGAGAAGCUGCGCUCGCUGCGGCCUCCAAGGACAAUCUACGUUCGCCAAUUUGCUGUAUUCUUGGUCACGUCGAUACUGGUAAGACGAAACUUCUGGACAAGAUCCGACAAACCAAUGUCCAGGAAGGAGAAGCAGGAGGAAUCACACAACAAAUUGGUGCUACCUACUUCCCAGUCGACGCUCUUCAGAAGAAGACUGCUGUGGUAAACCAAGAUGGCGCUUUCGAAUUCAAAGUGCCUGGUCUUUUGGUCAUCGACACACCCGGUCACGAGUCUUUCACCAAUUUGCGCUCCCGUGGUAGCUCGCUCUGCAACAUUGCCAUUCUGGUUGUCGAUAUCAUGCACGGUCUUGAGCCUCAGACAUUGGAAUCAAUGCGUUUGCUCCGGGAUCGAAAGACUCCUUUCAUUGUUGCAUUGAACAAAAUCGAUCGUCUCUAUGGCUGGAAGGCCGUCUCCAACAACGGUUUCCGCGACUCGCUCGGCUUGCAGAAGAAGAGCGUCCAGGACGAAUUCCGCGACAGACUCGAAAAGACCAAGCUUGCUUUCGCUGAGCAAAGCUUCAACGCCGAGCUCUUCUAUGAGAACAAGUCCAUGGCCAAGUAUGUCUCUCUGGUGCCCACAUCGGCACACACUGGUGAAGGUAUUCCUGAUCUGCUCAAGCUGCUGGUGACCCUCACUCAGGAGCGCAUGACCAAGCAGCUCAUGUAUCUUUCUGAGGUGGAGUGCACUAUUCUCGAGGUUAAGGUCAUCGAAGGCCUGGGAACUACCAUUGAUGUUGUUUUGUCUAACGGUGUUCUGCAUGAGGGCGAUCGAAUUGUUCUCUGUGGUACCGAUGGACCAAUCACUACUGACAUUCGUGCUCUUCUAACACCUGCGGAGAUGAAGGAACUUCGUGUCAAGUCGCAAUAUGUGCACAACAAGGUUGUCAAGGCUGCGCUUGGUGUCAAGAUUGCUGCCAACGGUCUCGACAACGCCAUUGCUGGUUCUCGUGUGCUGCUUGUGAAGGACAAGGAUGACGAAGAUGAGAUUGAAGAGCUUGAGGAAGAAGUCAUGGGUGAUCUCGAGAAUCUCAUGUCCCGAAUUUCCAAGAGUGGACGUGGUGUUACAGUGCAAGCCUCCACUCUUGGUUCUCUGGAAGCACUCCUCUCUUUCCUCAAGGACAUGAAGAUUCCAGUCUCAAACAUCAGCAUCGGUCCGGUACACAAGCGUGAUGUCAUCACAGCUUCGACCAUGUUGGAGAAGAGCAAGGAACAUGCGGUCAUGCUUUGCUUCGAUGUAAAGGUCGACAAAGAUGCCCAUGAGUUGGCGGACCAGAUGGGCGUCAAAAUUUUCACCGCGGACAUCAUUUACCACCUUUUCGACGACUUCACCAAGCAUAUGCAGCAGCUUACUGCGCAAAAGAAGGAGGAGAGCAAGAUGCUUGCUGUUUUCCCAUGUGUCCUCAGCCCGGUCUCGGUCUUCAACAAGAAGGACCCUAUUGUUGUUGGUGUCGACGUCGUCGCUGGCAAUCUGCGACUGCACACCCCAAUUGCUGCCGUGAAGCAAAAUCCUGUCACGGGUGUCAAGGAUAUCAUAUCCAUGGGACGUGUGGUCUCCAUUGAGAGAGAUCAUAAGCAAUUGACCAUUUGCAAGAAGGGAUCGCCUUCUGUGGCUGUCAAGAUUGAAGGGCCCAAUCAGCCUGGCUACGGAAGACAGCUGGAAGAAAAGGACAUGCUGUACUCCCUGGUCAGCAGGGCAUCCAUUGACUGCUUGAAAGAGUUCUAUCGAGACGAGGUGGAGAAGGAUGAGUGGACUUUAAUUGCCAAGACAUUGAAGCCGCUGUUCGAUGUCAACUAGGAUGGUAGCGGCAUAUGAAACGGAGUUAUGGGCUAGGCUUGGAAAUCAAUCACGUUACAUGCGAAUGUGCUAGUGUAUGCAAUGGUAGCUUCUGUAGGCAUUUUUAGUGGCACUCUUCUUCACGC